AUGGUCAUAUCCCUCCCUCUCCUUUCCACCAAUUCGAUUAUUACGAAACACAAACCUUUCAGUGUCUCAAUUCGCACAUAUUCCGCCUUUUUCUUUCUUUGUUUAUUUGAUGACAUUUUUAUGUUUUGUUUUAGACGUGAGAAGUCGUCUCUUCUUUUCAGCACUUACCGUCUUCAGGGAUCCUUAGCUUUCAAAGGAAGAAAAAAGGCUAUCAAUCACUUGCUAUCUAUCUAUCUAUCUAUCUAUCUAUCUAUCUAUCUAUCUAUCUAUCUAUCUAUCUCUUUUAACCACUUCAUAUCUAUCUAUCUAUCUAUCUAUCUAUCUAUCUAUCUAUCUAUCUAUCUAUCUUACUCUGUUUAUAUCUAUAUAUCUAUCUCUAUAUAUCUAUCUAUCUCAUUUUAUUCCUAUCUAUCUAUCUAUCUAUCUAUCUAUCUAUCUAUCUUAUUCUGUUUAUAUCUAUAUAUCUAUCUCAUUUUAUUCCUUCCCAUCUAUCUGCCUAUCUAUCUACUUCUCCACACUUGCUUAUCCCCUUACUUUAUUUGUCCAUCUUCUUUAUUUGUCCCCCUUCUUUAUUUGUCCCCUUCUUUAUUUGUCCACCUUUAUUUAUUCUGUCCACCCUUAUUUAUUCGACUUGCUUAUCUAUCUUCUUUAUCUGUCUACCUUCUUGAAUUUGUCCUUUAUUUUUAUCUGUCCUCCUCAUUUAUCUGUCCUCCUCAUUUAUCUGUCCACCUUAUUUAUGUCCUUUUUUCUUUAUCUCCCCCCGCUCCACCUUUAUUUGUCCCCCUUCUUUAUUUUUAUGCAUUUUCAUUCCAUGGAUUUAUUUUCAAUCCCAUCAUUGUCUCUUUUCUUUUUUUUUUUUUUUCAGUCAUUUCUUUCAUCCUUUCUUUCUUCAUCUUCUUCCCAGCCUUUUUUUUAUUCUUUAUUCCCCUUGGCAUUUUCCACAUUCUCCUCUUUUUCUUCUUCUUUUUCUUUUCCUUCUUAACCUUUUUCUUUUACUCCCCACCCCACCUGCCUGUUCUAUAUUUCUCUACUUUUCUUGGUUUUCCUUUAUUGUCUUUUUCCUUUUCUUCUAUUAAUUUUUUAAAAAUCUUCUCACUUUCUUCCUUUUCUUUCACUCUUUUCUUUCCUUCCUUUUUAUUAAUCCCUUCUGUCUUCUCCCUUUUCUUUAGAUUGGCGACGAAUGCUGGAGAAUAA